CCGACUUCCGGGAUGAGUGCGCAUGCUCCGUCCUCCUCGUCUUCUGACCACGUGACCGAGCAGACUCCGCCCCGUCCCAAACAUGGCGGCGCCCAGGAGUGCCGGCCGCACGUGAGAGAGAUUUGACCACCGGGGCUCCGGGACUGCGGCCUGGGAGCCACUUUCUCCUCCCCACCUUCGGCUGCCUCCUUUCGACCCCACCAGAGCCCCUCGCGGGCCGCACCCCCCGCAGCCAUGAAGACAAAGCCUGUUUCCCACAAGACGGAGAACACGUACCGGUUUCUGACAUUUGCUGAACGACUUGGGAAUGUGAAUAUCGAUAUUAUUCACCGUAUUGAUAGAACUGCAAGCUAUGAUGAGGAGGUUGAAACCUACUUCUUUGAGGGUCUGCUGAAAUGGAGAGAAUUGAACCUAACAGAACAUUUCGGAAAAUUUUACAAAGAAGUUAUUGACAAAUGUCAGUCAUUCAAUCAGUUGGUUUAUCAUCAAAAUGAGAUAGUUCAGAGUUUGAAGACUCACCUGCAAAUUAGGAACAGUUUUGCUUACCAGCCUCUUUUGGAUUUGGUUGUACAGUUGGCACGAGAUCUGCAGACGGAUUUCUAUCCUCACUUUCAGGAUUUUUUCCUGACUAUCACCUCUAUCCUGGAGACUCAGGACACAGAGCUGUUAGAAUGGGCCUUUACCUCGCUAUCCUAUCUUUAUAAGUACCUGUGGAGACUGAUGGUGAAGGACAUGAACAGUAUAUACAGCCUGUAUAGUACACUCCUGGCACAUAAAAAACUACAUAUAAGAAAUUUUGCUGCUGAAAGCUUUACUUUUUUGAUGAGAAAGGUCACUGAUAAAAAUGCACUUUUCAACUUAAUGCUUCUUGAUCUUAAUGAACAUCCAGAAAAAGUGGAAGGAGUUGGACAGUUACUCUUUGAAAUGUGCAAAGGAGUUAAGAAUAUGUUUCAUUCCUGUACAGGACAGGCACUGAAGCUAAUUUUGCAAAAGCUAGGACCAGUGACUGAAACAGAAACUCAACUGCCAUGGGUUUUAGUUGGAGAAACACUCAAAAACAUGGCUAAAUCGACCGUAGUCUACAUCUACAAGGAACACUUUGCUACAUUUUUUGACUGUUUGCAAGAAUCACUCCUGGAUCUACAUAACAAAGUGACAAAAACAAACUGUUGUGAAAGUUCUGAACAAAUUAAAAGAUUGUUAGAAAUAUAUAUGAUACUUGUGAAACAUGGAAAUGGAUCAAAGAUAACCAAACCUGCUGAUGUUUGUAAGGUAUUGUCUCAAACAUUAGCAACAGCAAAUCUUUCUACAUCGUGCCAUGUGACACUCUUGGAUAUAAUUUCUGCUUUGAUCCUUGGUGAAAAUGUUUCCUUGCCAGAGACCCUCAUCAAAGAAACCAUAGAUAAAAUUUUUGAGAGCAGAUUUGAAAGACGUUUGAUUUUGGACUUUUCCGAAGUUAUGUUUCCUAUGAAGCAAUUUGAACAGCUUUUUCUACCAAGCUUUCUCUUGUACAUUGAGAAUUGCUUCUCAGUUGGUGACACUGUGGCCAAAGAUGAAGCACUGGCCAUUUUGGCCAAGCUCAUUCUCAACAAGGCAGCACCUCCCACCGCUGGCUGCAUGGUGAUUGAAAAGUAUCCUCUGGUUUUCUCACAACAGACAGUGGGAUCCUACUUAAGGCAGAGGAAAACUAGAUCUGACGGAAGAAAGGAACAGUAUUCAGUACUGGACCAUCUCUUAACUGUAAUUCAGCUACCCCCCAGUAAAGAUACGACUUCCCUUUCACAAUCUUGGGCAAGCCUUGUAGUAUUACCUCACAUUAGACCUCUUGAGAAAGAGAAGGUGAUACCUCUAGUGGCAUGCUUCAUAGAGUCACUCUUCAUGACUAUUGACAGAGGGACCUUUGGGAAAGGAAGCUUCUUUGUUCUUUGUCAAGCUGUAAAUACUCUACUGAGUUUGGAAGAGUCUUCUGAACUACUUCACCUGGUUCCUGUGGAACGUGUAAAGAAUUUGGUAUUAACAUUUCCUUCAGAACCGUCGGUGCUGCUGUUGGCUGAUCUCUACUAUCAGAGGUUAUCCUUCUGUGGAUGCAAAGGACCACUCUCUGAGGAAGCUUUAAUGGAAUUAUUUCCCAAGUUGCAAACAAACAUUUCAACUGGAGUAUCCAAGAUUCGGCUUUUGACAAUAAGGAUUUUGAACCAUUUUGACAUUCAGCUUCCAGCACUGAUGGAGGGUGAUGGUGAUGGUCUGUCGGAGCGCCAGUCAGCCUUCACAAUAUUACGCCAGGCAGAACUUGUUCCAGCAACUGUGAGUGAUUACAGGGAGAAACUACUGCACCUGCGGAAACUGAGGCAUGAUGUUGUGCAGAUUGCUCUUCCUCAUGGGCCCUUACAGGAGGUACCACUUCGUUAUUUGUUGGGCAUGUUAUAUGUAAACUUCAGUGCUCUGUGGGAUCCUGUUAUUGAACUCAUAAGUUCUCAUGCCCAUGAAAUGGAAAAUAAGCAGUUUUGGAAAGUCUACUAUGAACAUCUAGAUAAAGCAGCUGCACAUGCUGAGAAAGAACUGCAAAAGGAAAUGGGAGAUGAGGAGAAGUCCAUUGGAGAUGAAAGCUGGGAGCAGACCCAGGAAGGGGAUGUUGGAGCUCUUUACCAGCAGCAGUUAACAUUGAAAACUGACUGUCGUGAAAGACUGGACCAUACCAACUUUCGAUUUUUGCUUUGGCGAGCUCUGGCAAAAUUCCCAGAGAGAGUAGAACCACGGUCCAGGGAGCUUUCCCCGCUCUUCUUAAGAUUUAUCAACAAUGAGUAUUAUCCAGCAGAUCUGCAAGUUGCUCCAACCCAGGAUCUUCGGAGAAAAGGCAGAGGGAUGACAGCCGAAGAAACUGAAGAGGAACCUUCUGCAGGGAAUGAUGAGGAGUUGGAGGAGGAAGAGGAGGAAUCUCCAGAAGAACCCUCACAAAAGAAAAGGACAAGAAGAGCUGCAGCAAAGCAAUUAAUUGCUCAUUUGCAAGUUUUCUCUAAAUUUUCAAACCCACGGUCGUUAUAUCUGGAAUCCAAAUUAUAUGAGUUAUAUCUUCAGUUAUUGCUACACCAAGAUCAAACAGUACAAAAAAUAGCCUUGGAUUGCAUAAUGACAUAUAGACAUCCUCAUAUCCUCCCUUACAGGGAGAACUUACAAAGGCUGCUUGAAGACAGAAGCUUUAAAGAAGAGAUAGUGCAUUUCAGCAUUUCAGAAGAUAAUUCUGUGGUGAAAACAGCCCACAGAGCAGAUUUAUUUCCAAUUCUGAUGAGAAUUUUGUAUGGAAGAAUGAAGAAUAAGACUGGUAAUAAAACACAAGGGAAAUCUGCUUCAGGCACACGCAUGGCCAUUGUUCUGCGGUUCUUGGCAGGGACCCAACCCGAGGAGGUCCAGAUAUUCUUAGACCUGCUGUCUGAACCUGUGAAGCACUUCAAGAAUGGAGAGUGCCAUUCUGCAGUCACUCAAGCUGUAGAAGAUUUGGAUUUGUCUAAAGUUCUUCCUUUGGGUCGUCAGCAUGGCAUCUUAAAUAGUCUGGGAAUCGUGUUGAAGAACAUUAGUCAUCUGAUCAGUGCAUACUUACCAAAGAUUCUGCAGAUACUACUCUGUAUGACCGCCACUGUAUCACACAUCCUUGACCAACGAGAAAAGAUACAGCUGAGGUUUAUUAACCCAUUAAAAAAUUUAAGACGUCUUGGAAUCAAAAUGGUAACUGAUAUCUUUUUGGACUGGGAAUCCCAUCCAUUCAAAACAGAAGAAAUUGAUGCUGUGUUUCACGGUGCAGUUUGGCCCCAGAUCUGCAGGCUUGGAUCUGAGAGUCAGUAUUCACCUACUCCUCUGCUGAAAUUAAUUAGUGUCUGGAGCAGAAAUUCAAGAUAUUUCCCUUUCCUGGCUAAACAGAAACCUGGGCACCCAGAAUGUGAUAUCCUGACCAAUGUAUUUGCGAUUCUCUCAGCAAAGAACCUCUCUGAUGCCACAGCCAGAAUUGUGAUGGACAUAGUUGAUGACCUUCUUAACCUUCCAGAUUUUGAGCCCACGGAAACAGUAUCAAGCUUGCUGGUCACUGGAUGUGUAUACACCCACAUCGCAGAAGAUACAGAUGAGCCUAUCACUGUAGGAGGAAGAUUAAUUCUACCUCACGUACCUGCAAUUCUUCAGUAUCUCAGCAAAAGCACAAUAAGUGCAGAAAAGGUGAAGAAGAAAAAGAACAGGGCACAAGUCAGUAAGGAACUUGGCAUUCUUUCAAAGAUCAGCAAGUUUAUGAAAGACAAAGAACAGAGUUCUCUGCUUAUUACACUUCUCCUCCCAUUCCUCCAUCGUGGCAAUAUUGCUCAGGAUACAGAGGUUGAUAUUCUGGUGACGGUGCAAAACCUGUUACAACACUGUCAAGACCCUACAAGCUUCCUCAAGCCUCUGGCCAAACUCUUUUCAGUUAUUAAGAACAAAUUGUCAAGACAGUUGCUCUGUACAGUUUUCCAGAGUCUUUCUGAUUUUGAAAGUGGACUAAAAUAUAUUACUGAUAUUGUCAAGCUUAAUGCCUUUGACCAAAGACAUCUUGAUGAUAUCAACUUUGAUGUUCGCUUCUCAGCAUUCCAAACAAUUACCUCUUACAUAAAGGAAAUGCAAGCCGUGGAUUUUAACUACCUAAUUCCAGUUAUGCAUAAUUGUUUCUAUAAUAUGGAGUUAGGAGAUAUGUCUUUAAGUGAUAAUGCCAGCAUGUGCUUGAUGAGUAUCAUCAAAAAACUAGCUGCCUUGAAUGUCACAGAGAAAGAAUACAGAGAAAUCAUUCACCGAUCCCUCCUGGAGAAACUGAGGAAAGGGUUGAAGAGUCAGACAGAGAGUAUUCAACAGGAUUAUACCAUGAUACUUUCCUGUUUAAUUCAAACUUUUCCAAAUCAACUGGAGUUUAAAGACUUGGUACAACUUACUCACUGUCAUGAUCCAGAAAUGGACUUCUUUGAGAACAUGAAGCAUAUUCAGAUCCACAGAAGAGCAAGGGCCUUGAAGAAACUGGCCAAACAGCUCCUAGAAGGCCAAGUUGUGCUUUCUUCUAAGUCUCUUCAGAAUUAUAUCAUGCCUUUUGCCAUGACUCCAAUUUUUAAUGAGAAGAUGCUCAAGCAUGAAAAUAUAACAAUUGCUGCCACAGAGGUUAUUGGAGCUAUUUGCAGACAUCUCUCUUGGCCAGCAUAUGUAUAUUACUUGAAACAUUUCAUUCAUGUCCUACAGACAGGGCAAAUCAAUCAAAAGUUGGGUGUCAGUUUGCUAGUAAUAGUAUUAGAAGCAUUCCAUUUUGACCACAAAACUCUUGAAGAACAAAUGGGAAAAAUUCAGAAUGAGGAAGACACAGUUGAAAUGGUGGAUGUACAGGAGCAGGAAGCCAUAGGAUUGGAAGACCUGGAUGAGGAAGAGAAGGAAGAAGCAUGUCAGCAGGAGUCAGAUAAAACAGAGACACAGGAAGCCCCUGAUUCAGCCGAUUCUGAUAAGACAGCUCGUAAGGAAUCUGCAUGUGUCUCAAAGCCUGUCUCUUUCCUUCCUCGGAAUAAGGAAGAACUGGAGAGAACAAUUCAAACUAUCCAAGGAACUGUCACUGGGGACAUCCUCCCAAGGCUGCACAAGUGCCUUGCAUCCACGACAAAAAGGGAAGAAGAACACAAGCUGGUGAAGUCAAAGGUGGUGAAUGACGAGGAAGUGGUUCGAGUUCCUUUAGCUUUUGCCAUGGUGAAGCUGAUGCAUUCCCUGCCUCGAGAAGUGAUGGAGGCGAAUCUGCCAAGUAUUUUGUUGAAAGUGUGUGCCCUCCUCAAGAACAGAGCACAGGAAAUCAGAGACAUUGCUCGCAGCACUCUCUCCAAAAUAAUAGAGGAUUUGGGUGUGCACUUCCUACAAUAUAUUUUAAAAGAAUUGCAGACUACUCUUGUCCGUGGAUAUCAGGUCCAUGUACUAACUUUCACAGUUCACAUGUUGCUGCAAGGCCUCACGAGCAAGCUUCAUGUCGGGGAUUUGGACCCUUGUUUAGAUAUAAUGAUUGAGAUCUUUAACCAUGAACUGUUUGGUGCCCUCGCGGAAGAGAAAGAAGUGAAGCAGAUCCUCUCCAAAGUUAUGGAGGCACGAAGAAGCAAGAGUUACGACUCUUAUGAAAUCCUGGGCAAGUUUGUAGGAAAAGAUCAGGUUACAAAACUUAUUCUUCCAUUAAAAGAGAUCUUACAAAAUACCACAAGUUUAAAGCUGGCCCGAAAAGUUCAUGAAACCUUACGCCGAAUUAUAGCAGGAUUAAUUGUAAAUCCGGAAAUGACAGCAGAAUCCAUUCUAUUGCUCAGUUAUGGUUUGAUCAGUGAAAAUCUACCCCUGUUAACAGAAAAAGAAAAAAAACCAGCAGUCCCUGCACCUGAUCAACGUCUACCACCCCAGAGCUGCCUUCUGCUCCCCCCAACUCCAGUCCGAGGUGGACCGAAAGCUGCUGUGAGCAGAAAAACCAAUAUGCACAUAUUUAUUGAAUCUGGGCUUCGGCUGCUACAUUUGAGUCUAAAGACUUCCAAGAUCAGUCCUUCAAGUGAGCAUGUACUGGAAAUGUUGGAUCCUUUUGUAUCUCUGCUCAUAGACUGCCUGGAUUCCAUGGAUGUGAAGGUGAUCACAGGUGCUUUGCAGUGCCUGAUCUGGGUCUUGAGGUUUCCUUUGCCUUCCAUUGAAAAAAAAGCAGGGCAGCUGACAAAGCACCUUUUCAUUUUGCUGAAGAACUAUGCAAGACAUGGGGCUGCCAAGGGCCAGAACUUCCACCUAGUAGUAAACUGCUUCAAGUGCGUGACCGUCAUUGUCAAGAAAGUCAAGUCUUACCAGAUAACUGAAAAACAGCUCCAAGUUCUUCUGGCAUAUGCUGAGGAGGACAUUUAUGAUACUUCAAGACAAGCCACUGCGUUUGGUCUUCUGAAGGCUAUUUUAUCAAGAAAAUUAUUGGUCCCAGAAAUUGAUGAUGUCAUGCGGAAAGUAUCCAACUUGGCAAUUUCUGCACAAAAUGAACCUACCAGAGUCCAGUGCAGACAGGUUUUUCUGAAAUACAUUCUUGACUAUCCCCUUGGUGAGAAAUUGAGACCAAACUUGGAAUUCAUACUCGCUCAAUUGAAUUAUGAACAUGAGACUGGAAGAGAGUCCGCCUUGGAAAUGAUUGCCUACCUCUUUGUCACAUUUCCUCAGGGACUGCUGCAUGAGAACUGUGGGAUGUUCUUCAUCCCACUUUGCCUGAUGAUGGUGAAUGAUGACUCUACCAUGUGCAAAAAGAUGGCGGCCAUGGCAAUCAAAUCCUUACUCAGUAAGAUCAGCCCUGAGAAGAAAGAUUGGCUGUUUGGAAUGGUGGCCUCCUGGUUUGAAGCAAAGAAGAAAUUAAAUAAACAGCUUGCUGCCUUGAUCUGUGGCUUGUUUGUGGAAAGUGAAGGAGUUGAUUUUGAGAGAAGACUUGGAACUCUUCUUCCUGUGAUUGAGAGGGAAAUUGAUCCUGAAAACUUCAAAGAUAUCAUAGAGGAGACUGAAGAGAAAGCUGCAGACCGCCUGCUGUUCAGCGUUCUCACUCUGAUCAGUAAACUCAUCAAGGAAUGUAAUAUUAUUCAGCUUACCAAGCCUUCUGAGACUUUGAAUAAAAUCUGGAGUCACGUGCACACCCACCUGAGACAUCCUCACAGCUGGGUGUGGCUCACAGCAGCCCAGAUUUUUGGACUACUCUUUGCUGCUUGCCAGCCUGAGGAGCUUAUUCAAAAAUGGAAUACCAAAAAGAGAAAAAAGAAACUCUCAGACCCUGUAGCAGUCAGGUUUCUAACAGGUGAUCUAGACCAAAAGAUGAAAAGUAUCUCUCUUGCCUCUUGCCACCAGUUGCAUUCCAAAUUCUUAGAUCAGUCUCUUGGAGAACAGGUUGUGAAAAAUUUGUUAUUUGUAGCAAAAGUUGUAUAUUUACUAGAACCACAUUCUGAAGAUAAGCAAAGUGAAAUAAAAGACUUGGUACAACACGAAGCUUUAGGAGACUCUGUGUCCAGGGAUGCAUUAGAAGAAAAUGACACCCGUGGGAAUGGAAAGGCAGAGCCUGACAGACAAAGGGAAGAGGAGAAGGAAGAGCCCGGCAAACCAGCCACUCUUCUGUGGCUGAUCCAGAAGUUGUCUCGGGUGGCAAAACUGGAAGCUGCUUAUUCACCUAGAAACCUCCUAAAGAGAACAUGCAUCUUCAAGUUCCUUGGGGCUGUUGCAGUGGAUCUUGGGGUGGACAGGGUAAAGCCGUAUCUCCCAGUGAUCAUCUCACCUCUGUAUCGAGAACUGAACAGCACCUAUUCAGAUCAAGAUCCUAUGCUGAAGAACCUUUCCCAGGAAAUUAUAGAAUUACUCAAAAAGCUGGUUGGGCUUGAGAGCUUCUCAUUAGCCUUUGCCUCAGUACAGAAACAGGCUAAUCAGAAGAGGGCACUCCGGAAAAAGAGGAAGGCUCUAGAGUUUGUAACUAAUCCUGAUAUUGCUGCCAAGAAAAAAUUGAAGAAACAUAAAAAUAAAAGUGAAGCAAAGAAGAGGAAAAUAGAGUUCCUGCGUCCAGGCUAUAAGGCCAAGAGACAAAAGACUCACAGCCUGAAAGAUUUAGCCAUAGUGGAGUAAGACCUCCCUAUGCUGUGUGCGUAAUUCAGUCUACAAAGUGUGAACUGUUUGGUACAUUCUCCACUAUCACAGAUUUAAGUUUAUUUAAGAUAAACUAUGUGGGACUGGGAAGGUGGCUCAGUGGUAAGAGUGCUUGCCUUGCAUGCAUGAGGCACUGGGUUCAAUUCCUCAGC